AUGGAAAUCAAAAUUCAAAGUGUACUUCCGCUUUUUCUUAUCCCUUUGAUUGCCUCUUCUACCAGCGUUUGCGAAAAAAAACCCAGCCUUAUACAGUGUAUCGCUCUGAGAAACCAGUUCAUUUUGCCACUCAAGGACAGUUGUAAUCCAUUGAAGAAAAACUGCGACACAGGAGACUUGGUCGAUCCAAGAGUUGCCAACUGCCAUUUAGAAUUCAGUGGGAACGUGUUUCAUUCUUUGCUGGACGGAUUUAAAAUGAGUUAUGGGUACAGAUGCUUUCCCAUCGUUCCGGACCCUAAUAUGUUUCACAGGCGGAAUGUCGGGCCAAGUUAUGGGGAACCCCGCUGUGUUCCCACUAAACUUGAUAAACAUGGAAGCUUCAUUUGCGGGGAACACGGAACACGAUGUGUGUGCGAUGCUCCUGCAGAAUAUAACUCAUAUGGGACACAAUGGUUGAGGAACAACUGUAGGUGUGUAACUAAGAAGUAAGAGGAGGGGUUGAGAUAGAAUUAAAAGGGAUGGGGUAUAAGGGAAUAAUUUAAAGUAAAUUUUAUUGUUUGCUAAGGAUGGAAAUUUAAUGGAGAACUCUUCUGAAACCGAGAGAAUGUUUUUAAUCACCGUUUGAAGUUCUUUUUUAAGUUUUUGUGGCAUACUCUGCUUUCUCUGCUAAAUGGGUAAAGUGAUAUAGCUUAUUCGAGGCGGUCACUUGGUGGGAAUGAGCAGAAAAGCAGGCGAAUGACGAGUGGCGAUCGAAUGACAUAACACUGACUUCCCCUCUCUCAAUGAUUGCUCGCCAGUUUAGUAUGCGCGGUGAGCAGUACAGGAAAUGUGAGUUAGUAGACCUCUGACUAUCACAUUACAGCUAUUUGUUAAUUAAUAUUUACUUAAAUUCUUCUCUUCCUAACUUCCAGGUGUCAGUAUUUUGUGAAUCUUUGCCGUAUUCCUAAAGUCUGCGCGAGUCGUGGGAUUUGCAAAAUGUGGGGAUCCGAACUGCGCUGUGAAUGCCCUGCUGACAAAGAGCAAUGCAGGCCCGGAAUAAACCAGUGUAAAGCUAAUCCGGGACUUUGCUUGGACGAGGGCAAGAUUUGCAUCGAACUCUAUGAUACAAACGUAGGCUGGCUGAUUGGAAAUGAACAGAAAGGCGAUGGCUUUGCCUGCAUUUUAGCGGGGACUGUAAAGUCUCUAGUGACCGUCACACAUUACUGCGAUAUCUCCCAAGAAACAUUCAGUAGAAUCGGAGGAGUAGAGCCUAAGAAUGAGUUAGACUUGUGCUGCUAUCGAAUGCUGACAUGCGCGGGUGGAGAAAGCAUUCCAAAGAAAGGAACCAUUUUCAGCUACAGACCGUGUUACUGCAACGUAGAAUUCCGAAAGUGCCUCUUCACGGCCGCCUUUGAUCCCAAGUUUAAGGGAAACGUCGAGCAGAUGGUUGAAGUAUUAAACAACUUGGCGCAUUGCAUCAUUGACGACGGCGUCCAGUGUGAUCCUGUGCGUCCCUGGACUUGCCAGAAAGGUGACCUUAUCAAUCCUAAAUUUGCACAUUGUGCUAUUGACUGUAGAACAGGCCCAGUACUGCCAAUCUGGGCUCGAGCCUGUGCCCUUCGACAAUGCAAGCCACCUUACCAUCGCGAAAAUCUUAGGAUUAUAGACGUACCACGCAUGGAGGAAAGCUCAAUUUGUAAGCCUGUAGAGGACCUGCCAAUAUUGUGCGGAAAUAGAGAAACGAACACCAGAUGUGUUUGCGACGGUAAGCCGAGCAGAUCAGAUUUCACCGACAGAUGCCGAUGCCAGUAUUGGCCGGACCGAUGGGAAGAAAGACAGUCUAAAGAAAAGUAA